AUGGGUAAAAGAAGUUCUCAAAAAAAGAAUGUUGCUAUGUUGGAUAGUGAUGACGCAGCUAGUGAGAGCUCAUCCUCAUCAACCAUGCGGUCAGAAAAUAUGGUAUUCUCAAAUGUUGAAGAAGUGCAAGUGGAUAAAGAUAGUUUACUUGAUCAGUUUUUAGAUGCUCUGUACGAAAAAAGAGGAUCUACUAGAGAGAAGGCUUUGACGUCAAUUACUGAAGCCUUUAAUAACAGCUUACAGCAUGAGUUUGUUGAAAACAAGUCUGCUACACUCCUGCAUCAAUGUUUGAACUCAAUCAAGAAGGGAUCUGCCAAGGAGAUUGCUUUGGCAUCUCAUGUCAUUGGACUUUUGGCCCUGACAACUGGUCCUGGGGAGAAAGCGCAGGAAAUUUUGGAAGAAUCUCUCUCUCCUAUAUCAGAAGCUCUGAAAUCUCGUUCUGAACCAUCUAAGAUAUCAUCUUUGCUGGAGUGUUUGGCUAUUAUUACUUUUAUUGGCGGAGAAGAGCCAGAGGAAACAGAGAAAUCAAUGCAAAUGAUGUGGCAAGUGGCUCAUCCAAAAUUGGGUCCCAAUGUGGCUGCUGCUAAACCUUCACCAGCUAUGAUAACCAUGGUUGUGUCUGCUUGGUCAUUUCUCCUCACUACUGUGGAUGGACGGACUCUCAACCCCAAAAGUUGGCAAGAGUCAAUUUCAUAUUUUUCUUCUCUUCUGGACAAGGAAGACAGAUCUCUACGCAUUGCAGCUGGCGAAGCACUUGCUUUAAUUUUUGAGAUAGGCAGCUUGGAGAAGUUCUCUGCUGAAGCCAAAGGAUCUAGUGACAUUUCCACUGACGGAGAGAAUGGUCAGAGACAAUUAGUUUACAUUCAGGGGUUAAGGACUAAAGUCUUAAACCAAAUGAGAAGCCUCUCUGUGGAGGCAGGAGGUAAAGGUUCCGCUAAGAAAGAUCUCAAUAAUCAGAGGAAUACGUUUCGAGAUAUCCUUGAAUUUCUUGAGGAUGGCUAUAGUCCAGAGACCUCAAUGAAGAUUGGUGGGGAGUCACUAAACACUACUACAUGGGCACAGCUGAUACAGUUAAACUUUCUGAAACAUUUUCUUGGGGGAGGAUUUGUGAAGCAUAUGCAGGAGAACGGAUUUCUUCAUGAUGUCUUUGGCUUCAUGCCAAAGAAAAAUCUUUCAGGUGUUGAGCAUCGCAUGUCUGUAGGUGAAAAGAGGAUGUACAAAUCACCUAACUCAGUUGUCAACAAAGCAAGGACACAAUUGCUAAACAAACAACGGAUGUUGUCCCAGGAUAAGAACAGAGGUCACUAUGCGGUUGGGUUUGGUGACGAGUGA